AAUUGCAUAAACCAGGAAACAACAACCUAUCAGUCCACCUCAAGCCGGCUGGUAAUUAAUUUUUUUCUCUCUCUCUGGAGUUAACAUGGCGGAGCAGAAGAACCCAGCAGCAACCACCAUUGAUGAAGAAUCUAUUCCUAAGAAAACAUCAUGGCCGGAAGCAGUCGGACUGACCGCGGACGAAGCGGAGAAGAAAAUAAAAGAAAACAUGCCAACUGCUCAUACUGUUGUACUUCCUAAGGGUAGCUUCAUCACUUUCGAUUACCGCGUUGAAAGGGUUCGAAUCUUUGUCGAUUCCACCGGAAAAGUUGCCGAAACUCCUUCAAUCGGCUGAUUCACACAUUCUCUCUUUAGAUCUGUCUGUCUAUCUGUAAUCUAACUCUCUUUUCGCAAGAUUAUCUAUUUCAUAAACUCCCUUGUCAUCGACGUUUCAUAAACAGUUUAUUAUCUGUUAGAAGGAUUCAUCAUUUCGACCUAUC